UAAUAAUAAUAAUAAUAAUAAUAUGUGUGCAUAUUUGAACAGUUAAAGACAAAAUAAUUAAUCUGUCUCCAAUAAUAUUUGUUUGUCACAAAAAGACUGCUCAUAAUUGGCCCAUUGCUGGCCACGUGUUCAUUAUCUCGUGCGGUGCCUAGCUACAACUAAAUAUUGCGUGGGAAAGUGUCAUGAUCUCGUGGCCACGUGAUAAUUUUUUAAUCCCAUGUCAUCGGACGGUUCCGUAAAACCUGUACUUUUUUAGGUUGACUUUUCUCUGGGAAUGUAGCAUUCAACUGCAGAAAGGAUUAUCUUGGGGUGGGGGAUGAGAGUUUCAUUUUUCCCGACAUCACUUGAACGCAGCACUGUGCAGCGGUCUUAGAAAACCUGCAGACGCUCCUGCAGAUUCUGGAUCAAGUCGCCUGGGGAUCAGAAGUCCUGACGCCGGGAUGAACACCGAGGACACACCGCUGGAGAUGAAGGAAUCUGAGAACAAAGUCUCGGAACCGAAAGAUCCGGAUCCUCAGGCCGCUGUGGACCCUGAUGCCACUGAGGCCGAUGUGAGUGAGGCGGAUCUGGACCAGGAUGAGGAGGAAAAGCAGCCGAUGACCGGAGGUGUGGUCCCGGACGGGGAAGAGGGGAAGAAGGAGGAGGCGGAGAAAAACGGCUCCGUGAAGGUGAAGAUCCUGGAGGAGACAGAGGAGAAAUUUACAGGCCUGAACAAAGAGGAGCUGCUGAGGGUAGCAGGAACCCCGGGCUGGGUGAGAACCCGUUGGGCACUCCUGUUGGUGUUCUGGCUUGGAUGGUUGGGGAUGUUGGUGGGAGCCGUCCUCAUAAUCCUACAAGCUCCUGGCUGCAGAGAGCUGCCAGCCACCAGCUGGUGGAAUGAUGGACCACUGUACCAGAUAGGAAACAUCCAGGCCUUCACAGACAUGCACAACCUGAAAGGUGUAGAGCAGAAGAUGAACAAUUUUUCUCAGCUGAAGGUUAAAGGUCUGGUUCUUGGACCAUUUCAUGUGGCUCCACCUGAUGAUGCCAUGAGUCUCAGGUUUGAAGAAAUUUCACCUGAAUCUGGAAACCUGGAUCAAUUUAAAGAUUUCAUUCAGGCAGCUCACAUGAAUGGGAUUUCUGUGGUUCUGGAUUUGACCCCAAACUACCUGGGAUUAUCUGGCCCCUGGUUUUCCAGCAGCAGUGUGAYAAAUGUAGCAGAAAGACUGAAGUCUGCUUUGGUAUUCUGGCUGAAUGAAGGUGUAGAUGGUAUCCAGCUCUCAGCUGUGGAGGAUGUAGCCAACAUGGUUCCAUCUUUGUGGGCUGACAUCCGAGCCAUCAUUCAGAACAGGACAGACAAGAAUCCCAGCACCAGGGUCCUGAUUGGUGUCACAAAAAGCUCCAUAGCCCAAAAUGUGUCUGAUAUUCUCUCCUACACUGGAGUUGAUCUGCUGAUCUCCAAUGUCUUCACAUAUGGUAAAACUGAUGCCACCAGUUAUGCUGAAACCAUACAGGACUUGUAUUCAUCCCAUAAUCAGACCAAGCUGGCCUGGAGUCUGGGGGGUCGGGUUGAAGGUCAUCUGGCCUCAUUAGUUAACCGGGCUCAGGUCAAACUCCAUCAUCUGCUGCUGCUGACUCUGCCUGGAACACCUGUCUUUAAUUACGGAGAUGAGAUUGGCCUGAUGGAUGAGGCAACCAAAUUUCCCAAGAUGCUUUGGGACUCUGAGGAGCUCAAUGGGACUCUUCAGGGGGAGCAGGCUGAGCGUUUAUCAUAUCGCAACUUUUUCUGCUCAGUGAGCGAGCUGCGAAGUAAAGUUCGCUCCCUCCUCUAUGGAGAUCUGGUGCUCCUCUUUAACUCAUCGUCCUCCCUGGUGUACAUGCGGGUCUGGGACCAGAGUGAUCGGUACCUGGCUGCCUUUAACUGGGGGCCAGAGGAGGAGGCGGUCUUUCAGCUGAGCAGUGUGGCAGUGCCUCGACAUGCGGCUGUUGUCCUCAGCACCAACAGCAGCGCUCUACCUGAAGACAGCAGUGUGGACCUGCAGAACCUGCAGCUCGGUCCGGGACAGGCUGCUCUCAUCAAGUUAUUAUCAUCAGAAUAGAGGAGAUUUGGAUGAGCUCCCUUCCUGUUGGUUCUACUUAAAGGUCCUAAUGAAGGUUCACUCAACUGUCACAAACAUCAACUAGUGUAGUGUAGUGUAGUGUAGUGUAGUGUAGUGUAGUGUAGUGUAGUGUAGUGUAGUGUAGUGUUGUGUGUAAGUACCUGACAAUAUCUCUUCUUCUACUGUCAAUUAAAUCAAGCUUCAAAAAUGUGCAGAGUGUUCAGAUUAGUCUAACAAUCUGGUUUUAAAAUAAUCCAACAGGACCUGUUAACAGAAUUUUUAAUAAUUAGUUUAACAAACAGAUGGCCCCUUUUUAAAUUUAUAGAUAAAGAAUUGUUCAUUAAAAACAUCAAUUCUAAUUACUAAGAUGCCUAAAGCAGGGUAUCACUAACUUUCCCUAACCCUGGUUCACUGAGAAAAUGAUUCAGAAAUAUUUAUUGGUCUUGUAUAUCCAGGUCUUUGGUGUGUGUGAUGUGCAAAUGUCAAAAAAAUAAUAAAAUAAAUAAAAUAAACAAACUGAUUUCAAGCAAACUGGGAGAAUUACUGUUUUGGCACAAUCAAAAAUGAUCAUUUCAUUUAUUGUGUACAAUGAAUAAAACUACACAUUUUGCUUUCAUUUUUCAAA